CUCAAGAGAGCGAGCGGUAGCGUGAGCCGAGCUCAGUGUGUUGUUGUUGUGUGUCCGUGACGGCCGCUCGAAUCUUUUCGGUCCUCCCUUUUUCCCCCCUUUUUCAACCCCUGGUUAUUAUUAUUUAUUUUCAUUUUUUUUUUCCAUUCUGUUGUCCUCUCUUUUUAUUCGGCGUGUGUGCGAGCAUCGGGAGCAAAAAAAAACCAAAACAAUUCACUGAUUUUCAAUUUUGGGUUUCCAUUUUUUGCACGAAACCCUUUGGUGUUUGCACAGCCAAUUUCUGCUUCCCCCUUUUCGUGUGGACUCGUCGCACACAUUUUCACACGGCAACAACAACUUUAUUGGAGAUGUGAUGAAAAUACGAAGCGAACAUUUUUGUUUUGUCUCGUUCAAUCACGCCGUGUGUGUGUGUGUGUGUUGUGUCGAAAACUUGUUUAGUGUCUUUUGCGGACCCCGUUCGGAAAGAAAAUAGCCAAAACUAGCGAACAAUUGUUGGUAGGGCGGGAAAAAUUAUAAUAUUAUUAUUUUUCGUUUUUUCUUUCAGACGGAAUUUAUUUGUUUGAUCAAAGUGGUACGACUGUGUCAACGCGUUUUCGUGCUGUUUUGUGCGUUCGUGCGGAAGAGUCCGGGACUUCCUCAUUUCUUCGUUAUUUGCCGAGUUCAGCUUUUUUUUCUUUUCCCUCCAUCCAGACACACACACACAUCCGAAAAACCAAACACGAGACUGUGAAACAAACAUUUCAACUAGUCUUUAAUUUGUUUUUUUUUUAACGCAAAUUCAUUAAUACAAAACUACUGAAGAAAUUGAGGCCGCCAACGAGUGACCCAAGACCGGCGCCAAAAUAGCCACCGUCCGCUAUGACAACUCGGAUAUAGCAGCAGCGAGUGCCUACGGUAAAAUGACCAUGGAUGAAUUUCAUCCAUUCAUCGAGGCGCUGCUGCCUCACGUAAAAUCGUUCUCGUACACGUGGUUCAACCUGCAGGCGGCCAAACGCAAGUACUUUAAGAAACACGAAAAGCGGAUGUCGCUCGAAGAAGAGCGUCGCUGCAAAGAAGAGCUUCAGAACGAGAAACCUGAGGUGAAGCAAAAGUGGGCCAGCCGCCUGCUGGGCAAACUGCGCAAAGACAUCACGCAGGAAUGCCGUGAAGAUUUUGUGCUGAGCAUCACGGGCAAGAAGCCGGCCAUGUGCGUCCUAUCCAAUCCGGACCAAAAAGGCAAAAUGAGACGCAUUGAUUGCCUCAGACAAGCUGAUAAGGUUUGGCGAUUAGAUUUGGUGAUGGUCAUCCUGUUCAAAGCCAUUCCGCUGGAGAGCACGGACGGCGAACGGCUGGAGAAGUCGCCCGACUGCCUCCAUCCGGGCCUCUGUGUCAAUCCCUAUCACAUCAACGUUUCGGUCAGAGAAUUGGACCUUUACUUGGCCAACUUUAUCAACAGCCAUGGAGCAGAAACGCUGAGCGGGAUCUGUGAUACGGGCGACAAGGUGGACGACGAUCGAAAUUUGAAAGGGUACACUCAUAAUCCGUACAAUGGAGUCAUCUACAACGACACCAUUUUGGCGACAGGUGUCUUCUCGUCCAAGGAACUGUGGCGGCUCUCCAAAACAGCGUCAAUAAUGCAGGGCUCCAACGGUCUACAGCCGCCGUUGAACGCCAUCAAGAUCGAAGCUCCGUCCUAUUAUUGCAACAGCUACACGCCACCGGCUCCCGAUCAUUCGACAUCGAUGCUGCAAGGAGCUGGCGCUUACAGUCCUCUGUCUCUGCAUCGCAAUUCGCAGAGCCCGAUCGACCCGCGCGGAGGCAACGGCCAUCAGCACAAGCGGCUCAGGCGGAUGAGUUCGACCGAGGACGACAUGCACGACGUUUCGUCGCAAGGUGGCACCACUGGAGGGACUUCGUCGAGCAUCAUCAUCCGCGGCGGUGGCGGCGGAGGAGGACAGGGCAGCAGCGACAAGGCCAUCCCCUCCGCGGCCGAUUUGAGUUAUUACGGACACCAGAGUCCCAAUUCUCUGUCCAAUCAGACGUCGUGGCACUCGGAAAUGGAUCACGGUGCCGGCAAUGCGAGUCAUGUCGGUCAAUCGAUUACGACCAUCCCCAUCCCAGCCACAUCCUCCACCUCCUCCACGUCUUCCUCGUCUGCAACAUCUUGCAACAACAACAACAACGCGACGUCGCCACAGUCGCCACCGUCAGCCUUGUCGUCCGUCUCCAGUUCCGGCGGCUCAAAAACGCUCAAGAUUGAGCCGGAAAGUAACGGCGGAUCGGCCGGUGGCGGCAGUGGGACGGUCCGACCUUCGUCGGCCGAUGAGGGCGCCAUCAUCUCUAGUCACGAUGGCCGGCAAUUGGCCAGCCCUCACCAACACCAUCAGCACCAUCACCAACAUCAUCAUCAACAACACCAUCACCAACAUCAUCUGCAAAACAACGGCAGAGACGGUUUGCAACACGGAUCGGUGGUGUCGCUAGCCGCUUCUAGCUACUACGGUCACGAUCAGGGACUGGUGGUGGCGACGCAGCACGGCGGCUCGGGCGGAGGCAACGGUGUCAGCGGCAACGGUGGACCUCACUCUCCCGGCAAGUACCAAGAGAACGGCCACGAUACUUUCUCCGAUUUUGUCACGCUCGUCUGCCAAGAAGCGCAAAACACUCAGAACGCACAGGUUCAGGCGGGAUCUUCGCGUGGCUCCAUGAAGCUUUCAUCCUCAUCUUAUUAUGCUACCAGCAUGUUACCGCCCCCUCCGCCACCGGUAAUGGCCCGUCCGGUGGCCAUCAUCCGCUCAACAGACAUGACCAACUCUCCGCCGCCUUCGGUGACGCCACCUCCUCUAGGCGUCGGUGAUAAUAAUGCGUCGUCGUCGAGCGGUGGCGGCGGCGGCAAUCGAGGGCCGCCUCUCAGUCCGACGUCGAUUGGAUCCAACGGCGGGUCCGACUCUCAAGUGCUGCAACACGGCCGGGGCGGCAGUGGCGGCUCGAGCUCCGGCGGCCCCGUCUCGUCGGCCGGCUCGUCUUCGUUCGGCUCCGGGCGUGACUACACAUUUUCUCACUUGCACGCACAAUCCGGACAGUUAUUCACGUAUACGAACAUUGGACCGGUGGGUGGCAUGUCGGGCGUGAUCAGCCCGACGAAUUUGAGUUUGUUUUCUUCGUCGCCGUCGAGCGGAGGAAGUGGCGGCAAUAACCAAUCGCCUCGUACCAUCACGCCCAAUCAGCAACAUCACUCGAACCAACAACAGCGCACCGGAGGCGGCAACAACUCGUCUCAACAGCAACAGCAGCAGCAACAACAACAACAACAGCAGUCUGUCUCGCGCUGGAACACGGGCUCGUUUAUAGCGCUGGACGACAACAUGGACUACGGCAUGAUGUCGCCGCUCAUUUCGUCUGCUGGCAAUCAAGUGGUGGACCAGCAAGGACCCAACGGUCCCGGCUCACUUAUGGAUGACGGUAUUCAAUAUCUUGCGUCACGCUCUCAUUCACCCACUCGAUUGGCUCCUUAGGCAAUUUCUCUCUCACUCUCUCACGGGGUCAGCUCCCCCGCCCCCCCUCUCAACGUUUUAAAAGACAACGAAAGACAACACAAAGGGAUGAAUCGAUAAUAAUUUAUCGUUAUGCAAUUUUGUGGGAUCCUGAUAAAAGUUGCGUUUACUACUUGUAUCAUAGCGAGAAAUGAGAUGCAAAAUGAAUGCGGGCAACGCCCCAUAACCAGGUCGUCUCUGGUUUGGGUAAGAAUUUUUUUUUUUUUUUUUUUUUUACAGUGCAGCUAUAUUAUUUAAAUUAUAUAUAUAUAUAUAUAUAUACAUAUAUAUAUACAUGUAAAACAGGUUUGUUUGUUUGUUUUUUUCGUUAUCUUUCUACACACAACACAAAAUGACAACAAUAACCUCCCUUUUUGCUCUCGCGUCUCUCACUCACUUAAAAGGUUGUGGUGGCUCUCAUUUAAUUAAAAAAAAAAAACAUUUUCAAAUUAAGUGAAUAGUAAAAUUAAUUUAACAAUUUAAAUAAAUGCCAGAAAACUUAUAUAUUUUUAGUGGGGGUAUUUUUCCCUUGUAUUUUUUUGUUUUUUUUUUUUUUAGUCGCAAUUUUUAUUUAAUGACGUUUAAAAAUGGAAUUAGAAAGACGUAAUGCGAGUUGAAUUUUGUUGCCGCGGGCAAAAUAAAACAAAAAAAAGGGGGGAGAAAUUGUGAAAUGAAAAAUGUCGCAGCGCCAAACCAAAAUUGAUUUAGUUAUUUGUCGAAAUCAAAUUCUUUCUUGUCAAACAACAAUGUGCGGAGAUUAUAAACAAAAAACACACACACAAUUUACACACACACACGCGCGCCGUUGUAGGAGCCAAUAAGCGAGUGCCAUUACGAUUUUUUCUUAGUGAAAAAAAAAAAAAGUCCUUGAUUACAAUUUUUUUUUAAAUUUGAUUGGGCGUCAAUGAAUGUUAAACCAUUUGUUAGUCGUCGAUUAUUUAAAAAAAAAAAAGCUCCCUCACCCAAAUCCCCCCAAUUUUGUGCGCGUGCUUCCAAAACAAAAACAAAAAAUGGAUUAUGUCAAAAUGUUUUUAUUGGUUGUAAUCUCUUGCUGAUUAUCUGCUCUUUUAUUUUGUUCAUUUUUUUUUUUUUUUGUGUGUUCAUUUUUGCGAUUUUUUUUUUUAGAAGGGGGGAGUCUUCUGUGGCUGUUGUUUAGUGACACACACACACACACACAUAUUUUUCGGUUUAUUUUUGCUGUGAUUAGUUUGAACGUCAUCCGCGUUCAAAAGAUUUGAAAAAAAAAACAAAAUGUUUCGUCUCUUUUUGACAAGAAAAAGUCGUUGACGUUCGUGUGUGUGUGUGUGUGUCGCUCCAAGAGAGUAAUUACAAACAAACAAAAAAACACGUAGCAAUAAUAAUUUUUAUUUUUCGUGCUGGAUGGAAGAAGACAGAAGAAGAGUAUAGUGUUGUUGCAUAUAAUAGCCUCUUAACAGCAAAACAAAUAAAAAAAUUUAAUAAAAAUUUAGGCCUUCAUGUAAAUGAGAUAUUUAUACAAGAUAGAUGCCAUUUUUCUUUUUUUUCUCUUCUGACAUUAAUUUUAUUCUUUUCAAUUAUUCUCUCGUCCUCACUGUUGUCGUUGAUUCUUUUCUUUAGCCAACACAAUUGCAAGAAAAACUAAUUGGACUAAUUAAAAAUAGCCUUACAAUAUUGACGCGCACGGAUUUUAAUUUAAAAACACAUGACCAUGAAAUAAAAUUUAAAACCAUCACAUUAAAAAAAAAACUGAAACUGGUUAGAAGCAAAUAGAACAUUAAACAGGACGUUUACAUCCGUUAAUUAACGUUAAAUAACAAAAAAAAAACGCUCAUUUCUCGAUACCGUGCCUGUAGGUUAGAAAUUGAAGGCGAUGAAAAGGAGGGAAAGAAAAACUUAAUUUAUUUGAUUUCAAUUUUUCUCAAAUUUUCCUUUUCUUCCGUGUUUAAACAAAAACAUACAAAACAAAUUCAUCGAUAAACAUAAAAAAAAAAAAAAGAAAUACAAUUUUGCGUGUGGGUUCUUCACCAAAGUGCUUCUAUUCUAUUAGACAAAACUUAUUGAUUUCGUCCAGAACAACAACAGCCAAUGAGAGAAAACGACAACACAAUUAUUUUGUUAGUGUAUUUUUCAUGUGUAUACUACGCUACAUUAUAUUUUGGCAUUUUUCUAGAGGGCGUCUUCCAUAUUUGGUUGAUGUUAAUAAUUCGUCCCGUUUUCUUUUCACGUUUCUGUUGUUUUUGUUUUGUGUUUCAAUCACGCAAUACUUUGUGUCAAAGCGCAAUAAGGUGCAAAUAAUCGUAGUCGCCUUCCAAGCCUAAAGGCAAAAGAGAAACGAAGUAAUGUAAACCGCCCCUUCUUUCUUUGUAAUAAGAUGAACGAUGUAAUUAUUAUUGUGUAAUUAGUUCGUGAAAAAUCAGAAGGGGGUCGUAGAAGUUGGAUGAAAUGUUUCUACUACUAUUCUACUAAUAACAUGGUGUAACGGGGCGUUUAAUUUCUAGGUACAAACAGGCAGGAUAAUAGAAUUUUUUCGCAAACGAUGGUAUGUUCAUUUUUCUUGUUUCAACUUGUCCAACUUUCAAUGGCUAUCACGUUUUUUUUUUUUUAUUAUUCUGUAAUUCGCCCAUUUUUUUUUUUCGAAAUCUUUUCGGUAACGGUUGAUUCUUUUCGUGAUUAUCGCAAAAAAACAACAGAGAAUCGAGAAACAUAAAAAGCUAAUUAACCAAGAAGAGAAAAGAAAAAGGUUUGGCUGUUUUGGGUCAUCACAGCACACGUCAAGAUUAUCAUUAUGUUUAUUAGAUGCCAAAGUCGGAGGGGAAAUAAAGUAUAUAUACCUAGCCUAAUAAGGACCGCUAAAUAAUAUGCAAAUGUGUGUGUCUUGUUGUUGUUGUAGCAUGUAUUAUUCAAAUGCCGAGUAAAAAAAAAAAAAAAAAACCGCGCGCGCCCAUCAGUAUAAUAAAACGUAUGUCUGUUUGUUGCUAUUGUUUGUGUGUGUGUCUCCUUUUUCGUGUGUGCCCGCGAUUGUAGACAAAUUUAUUCAAAAAUUUUAAAAAUAUACAGUGCAAAAAGGUAAAAA